AUGAUUGGCGAUUGGCAGAACAUCUCAAGGAGUGAUGCCUGGGUGUGGGCACCUGUUUCGUGGGAGUGGUGGGUGGUCGUCCAGUUGGUCUUAGCCAUCAUCGGUAUCCUAGGAAACUUACUGAUGAUGCUCGUCAUCUUUUGGCCAGGACGUCGACGCUGUGCCACUGACAUCUUGAUUGGUGCUUUAGCCAUGGCCGAUUUCUUGACAUCCAUCUUCUUCAUACCACAUCGUCAAGUCAUCCAACUUUCGGACACCGUUGGAGGCGAGCUCUACUGUCGGAUUAUCCAUACAUCUGUCUUGAUGUGGAUAUCCAUUUGCGCAUCCAUCUUCACCCUGACAACCAUAUCGGUCGAGAGGUUGGUGGUUGUACGAUUUCCAAUCUGGUUCCAUCGUCUCUUCUCUCCAAAGCGCACCUCGAUCGCUGUCAUUGUCAUCUAG